CCCCGACCCCCGCCGGCCGGCCCCCCGCCCCAGCCCCGGAGGGAGCUCAUGGGAGUAUGAAGGAGAUGGUAGGAGGCUGCUGCGUAUGUUCGGACGAGAGGGGCUGGGCCGAGAACCCGCUGGUCUACUGCGAUGGGCACGCGUGCAGCGUGGCCGUCCACCAAGCUUGCUAUGGCAUCGUUCAGGUGCCAACGGGACCCUGGUUCUGCCGGAAAUGUGAAUCUCAGGAGCGAGCAGCCAGGGUGAGGUGUGAGCUGUGCCCACACAAAGAUGGGGCAUUGAAGAGGACUGAUAAUGGAGGCUGGGCACACGUGGUGUGUGCCCUCUACAUCCCCGAGGUGCAGUUUGCCAACGUGCUCACCAUGGAGCCCAUCGUGCUGCAGUACGUGCCUCAUGAUCGCUUCAACAAGACCUGUUACAUCUGCGAGGAGCAGGGCCGGGAGAGCAAGGCGGCCUCGGGAGCCUGCAUGACCUGUAACCGCCACGGAUGUCGGCAAGCUUUCCACGUCACCUGUGCCCAGAUGGCAGGCCUGCUGUGUGAGGAGGAAGUGCUGGAGGUGGACAACGUCAAAUACUGCGGCUACUGCAAAUACCACUUCAGCAAGAUGAAGACAUCCCGGCACAGCAGCGGGGGAGGCGGAGGAGGCUCUGGAGGAGGAGGAGGAGGAGGAGGAGGAGGAGGAGGAGGAGGAGGCAGCAGCAGCAGCAUGGGGGGAGGUGGCAGUGGCUUCAUCUCUGGCAGGAGAAGCAGGUCAACCUCACCAUCUACACAGCAGGACAAGCACCCCACCCACCAUGAGAGGGGCCAGAAGAAGAGUCGGAAGGACAAAGAACGCCUUAAACAGAAGCACAAGAAGCGGCCUGAGUCGCCCCCCAGCAUCCUCACCCCGCCUGUGGUCCCCACUGCUGACAAGGUCUCCUCCUCGGCCUCCUCUUCCUCCCACCACGAGGCCAGCACGCAGGAGACCUCUGAGAGCAGCAGGGACUCAAAGGGGAAAAAGUCUUCCAGCCACAGCCUGAGUCAUAAGGGGAAGAAACUGAGCAGUGGGAAAGGUGUGAGCAGUUUUACCUCCGCCUCCUCCUCUUCCUCCUCCUCUUCCUCCUCCUCUGGGGGGCCCUUCCAGCCUGCAGUCUCGUCCCUGCAGAGCUCCCCUGACUUUUCUGCAUUCCCCAAGCUGGAACAGCCAGAGGAGGACAAGUACCCCAAGCCCACAGCCCCCGCUGCUUCAGCCCCGCCUUCUCCCUCAGCCCCCGAACCCCCCAAGGCUGACCUUUUUGAGCAGAAGGUGGUUUUCUCUGGCUUCGGGCCCAUCAUGCGCUUCUCCACCACCACCUCCAGCUCAGGCCGGGCCCGGGCGCCCUCCCCUGGGGACUAUAAGUCUCCACACGUCACGGGGUCUGGGGCCUCAGCAGGCACCCACAAGCGGAUGCCCGCGCUGAGUGCCACCCCUGUGCCUGCUGAGGACACCCCUGAGACAGGCCUGAAGGAGAAGAAGCAUAAGGCCAGCAAGAGGAGCCGCCAUGGGCCAGGCCGUCCCAAGGGCAGCCGGAACAAGGAGGGCACUGGGGGCCUAGCUACCCCAUCCUUGCCCAGUGCCCAGCUGGCUGGCUUUACCGCCACUGCUGCCUCACCCUUCUCCGGAGGUUCCCUGGUCAGUUCUGGCCUGGGAGGUCUGGCCUCCCGAACCUUUGGGCCUUCUGGGAGCUUGCCCAGCCUGAGCCUGGAGUCCCCCUUGCUAGGGGCAGGCAUCUACACCAGUAAUAAGGACCCCAUCUCCCACAGUGGCGGGAUGCUGCGAGCUGUCUGCAGCACCCCCCUCUCCUCCAGCCUGCUGGGGCCCCCAGGGACCUCGGCCCUGCCCCGCCUCAGCCGUUCCCCGUUCACCAGCACCCUCCCCUCCUCCUCUGCUUCUAUCUCCACCACUCAGGUGUUUUCUCUGGCUGGCUCUACCUUUAGCCUCCCUUCCACCCACGUCUUUGGAACCCCCAUGGGUGCCGUUAACCCCCUCCUCCCCCAAGCCGAGAGCAGCCACACAGAGCCAGACCUGGAGGACUGCAGCUUCCGGUGUCGGGGGACCUCCCCCCAGGAGAGUCUGUCUUCCAUGUCCCCCAUCAGCAGCCUUCCCGCACUCUUCGACCAGACAGCCUCUGCACCGUGCGGGGGCGGCCAGUUAGAUCCGGCGGCCCCAGGGACAACGAACAUGGAGCAGCUGCUAGAGAAGCAGGGCGACGGGGAAGCCGGCGUCAACAUCGUGGAGAUGCUGAAAGCGCUGCACGCGCUGCAGAAGGAAAACCAGCGGCUGCAAGAGCAGAUCCUGAGCCUGACGGCCAAGAAGGAGCGGCUGCAGAUUCUCAACGUGCAGCUCUCUGUGCCCUUCCCUGCCCUGCCUGCUGCCCUGCCUGCCGCCAACGGCCCUGUCCCUGGGCCCUAUGGCCUGCCUCCCCAAGCCGGCAGCAGCGACUCCUUGAGCACCAGCAAGAGCCCUCCGGGAAAAAGCAGCCUCGGCCUGGACAACUCGCUGUCCACUUCUUCUGAGGACCCACACUCAGGCUGCCCGAGCCGCAGCAGCUCGUCGCUGUCCUUCCACAGCACGCCCCCACCGCUGCCCCUGCUCCAGCAGAGCCCUGCCACUCUGCCCCUGGCCCUGCCUGGGGCCCCUGCCCCACUCCCGCCCCAGCCGCAGAACGGGUUGGGCCGGGCACCAGGGGCAGCGGGGCUGGGGGCCAUGCCCAUGGCUGAGGGGCUGUUGGGGGGGCUGGCAGGCAGUGGGGGCCUGCCCCUCAAUGGGCUCCUUGGGGGGUUGAAUGGGGCCGCUGCCCCCAACCCUGCAAGCUUGAGCCAGGCUGGCGGGGCCCCCACGCUGCAGCUGCCAGGCUGUCUCAACAGCCUUACAGAGCAGCAGAGACACCUCUUUCAGCAGCAAGAGCAGCAGCUCCAGCAGCUCCAGCAGCUCCUGGCCUCCCCGCAGCUGACCCCGGAACACCAGACUGUUGUCUACCAGAUGAUCCAGCAGAUCCAGCAGAAACGGGAGCUGCAGCGCCUGCAGAUGGCCGGGGGCUCCCAGCUGCCCAUGGCCAGCCUGCUGGCAGGAAGCUCCACCCCACUGCUGUCUGCAGGCACCCCUGGCCUGCUGCCCACGGCGUCUGCUCCACCCCUGCUGCCCGCCGGAGCCCUAGUGGCUCCCUCACUUGGCAACAACACAAGUCUCAUGGCCGCAGCAGCUGCAGCUGCAGCAGUAGCAGCAGCAGGCGGACCUCCAGUCCUCACUGCCCAGACCAAUCCCUUCCUCAGCCUGUCGGGGGCAGAUGGCAGUGGUGGUGGCCCCAAAGGAGGGACCGCUGACAAAGGAGCCUCAGCCAACCAGGAAAAAGGCUAAAUCCACCCUCACCCCUCCUGACCCCCUAAGUGGAGGGAGCAGAUCCUGGCCUGAGGGGUCCGACCCUGGAGCAGGCGCCUGCGCCCAGACCCUGGAGAGCCCCGACCCAGUGCUGAGGUCCAGGGAGUGUGGGGAGCUCCUGGUGCCGAGGACUGAGACUGGAGGGGAGCCCCUUCCAUCUGGCCCCCUUCCCUUUCUGCACUGUCUGCUUUGCGAGGCUCAGAGGAAGGACAGGCCGCAAGCCCACCUAGGAGCUCCACCCCCAGCAGAUGUUUUGGGGGUCCCUGAGAGCAAAGUGGGCCAUAGCAGAAGUAGGGGCUCGUUGGACCUGUCACAUGAAAUGGAUCAGCACUUGAAUGGGGAGAAGUAGAGCGAGAGGCCCUGGGCCUGUCCCCGAGGGGAAAUCUUUUACGGAAGAAGGGCUGGACCCACUUUACCUGCAGUUUCUUCCCAGCUCGGGCAGAUGGCAGAAGGGACCCCUUGGACUUUUUCUUGCCAUCCCUCCCUCCCAGCGCAGGGGGCACAAGCUGAGCUUGUAAAAGCCCACGGAUGGCGGGGGCUGGAGAAGGGGCAGGACAGCAUCACACUCAGCCCUCAACCUCUUGGGGCCCAGCUGAUGAGGAGGAGAGGGCAGGUGCGGGGAGGCACCGCCUUGCUUGGUGCCCCGCCCUUUGUUUGCACUAUUGGACUUAGGAGUGCCGAGGGUGGGGAGAUGGAGCUGCCUGACUCAGUGUGUGAGUGUGUGUGAGAGAGAGAGAGUGUGUGUGUGUGUGUGUGUGUCUGUGUGUCUGCCUGCCUGCCUGCCUGCUUGCUUGCCUGCCUCUCUCCCCCUGGACCCGGGGCAGCCAAGAGCAGGGAUAGGUGCAGUGGUCGGUGAAGCAGCUCCAGAGAGGGGAGCUCCCAGCUCUUACUUGCACGCUCCGCACCUCACCAACUUUGGUCCCUCUCUGGGGCAUGAAUGCUUAACGAAAACCAGAGCAGUAUUGCGAUAUUGGAGAGUCCCUGGGGGCUUGGGGCUUUGAAUCAGGGUAAUAUCCUGCCUUCCCUCCCCUGACCCCACAUGGUCUCAGGGUCCCCUUGGGGCCCCCUACCCCACUGAUAGCUUGGUCCUUCUUCCCUGGCACAAGGGGAGCCCCAGGGCUUGGGGGAGGAGGUAAGGGGGGAAAACGUCACUGCUUUUAGCAAAAGCCUCCCUCCCAGAAUUAGCCAGCCUGCCUCCUGCACCCCACCCCCACCAACCAGGGGAGCCAGUAAGCUGAGCUAACACCUGUCCCUCACCCACCAGCUAUUUCCCAGGGUGUCGUGGGCACUUCUCACCUUCAAAGAGUCUCCGCCUGCCCUGGCCUUUGGCACAGGCCGAGUGGACAGUCAGGAGAGGCGAGGCAAGGCGAGGCCUGUGUCCUGUUUCGGUUGCACUGGGGUUGGAGCCCGGGGUAGGCGCUUCCCGCUUCCUCAGGCUCCUGCCUUGUCAGGCUCUUUGCAUGUGUGGAUUUUUCUGUGUUUCUGUUUGGGUUUUUGUUGUUGAGUUCUUGUUUUUUUUUUUUUUUUUUUUUUUUUUUUUUUCUUUUUUAAUAAAAGAAGAUGUGUAUAUUUUUGGCAAUGACAGAAACGUAGUGCAGAUAUAUUUUUGCCUGUGCUGCUCAACUGUUUUUUUUUUUUUUCCGAUACUGAAAAUAAUAUUAAUAUUCCUGUUGAUAAGACUUUGUAAGAUGUUAGGGAGCUGAUAACGGAGGGGGUGGGAAUCCUUCAGAGGCAAUUUCUUAGGCACUUGCAAAGGGCUUGGGGGAGGGGGAGGCAGUUGUGAUGACCUCAGAAAUACUUUCUAUUAAUGCUAAAUAUGUUAGAAAGAAAUGAUAGAAUUCAGCAUUUUAUUCAUUUUAAUCUAUUAAGCUCUGUAACUCCCUGCCCCAAACCACUGAAAAGAAAAGUAAACCAGGCUGGGCGCGGUGGCUCACGCCUGUAAUCCCAGCACUUUGGGAGGCUGAGGUGGGUGGAUCACCUGAGGUCAGGAGUUCGAGACCAUCCUGGCCAACAUGGUGAAACCUCAUCUCUACUAAAAAUACAAAAAUUAGCCAGGUGUGAUGAUGCACGCCUGUAAUCCCAGCUAUUCGGGAGGCUGAGGCACGAGAAUUGCUUGAACCUGGGAGGCGGAAGUUGCAGUGAGCCGAGAUUGUGCCACUGUACUCCAGCCUGGGCAACAGAGUGAGAUUCUGUCUCAAAAAAAAAAAAAGAAAAGAAAAGAAAAGAAAAGUAACUUUCAUAGAUUCUUAGAAAAGUUGCUCUUUCACACCCACACCCUUGCCCAAGUCUGGCCCACUUAGAGCAAGACUUAACUUCUCUCUGAAUGGGAACGGAAGGGAAGUACAUCUGCUCCAAGGUUGCGGUGUUGAAGAGUGAGAGGUCCAAGUGAUUCUGUGCAUCGAAACCAAGACCCCCCACCCCCGCUCAGAACAGUUCUUCCCUCCAUCAACCCAACCCAAAGCCUGGGGUUCUUGGCCCCAAGUGUCUGUUCUCCAGCUUUCCCAAGCCGCUUGCAUUCCCCAGGCUGGGCUACUGUGGCGGGUCAGGUAGAUUUGGAGACGGCCUAAGCUGGGUAUGAAUUGGUACGGCCCUCUUCUCCUUUCCACCAGUCUCUCAGGAGAGAAGUGGUAUUUCCUUAUUCUGAGGGAGCUUCAAUGGGAAAGGUCUCAAAAGCUUCAGGAGAGGCAGGAUGCCAGUGCAGGGGCAUGGCAGUAACCACCUCACCAUCUUGUAACCUCAGUCCCUUUUUCAAGAGUGAAUUUGGAUGGGGGAAGGGGUGGGAAGAGACCCAGAUUUGUAGAUCUAUUUGUCUAGGGGAGGGGAAGGAUGUGGUUUGCAGAGCGGAAGCAGAGUUUGAAAACGCAUGAGAGUGGAGUGUUCCCACCCUCGGCGAGGAUGUGUGAGUGCGGAGCAUGCAGAGUCGGGUGUUCCCACCCUCGGCGAGGACGUGUGAGUGGGUGUACAUAUGGAGCCAGUGCCUGCUGUGGGGUCACAACUAGUGCAUGAUAGCACUGAAGGGACCUGUCUUUAGGGAUCAUUUCAGCCAGCUCUUCCCAUCAUAGAUGACAGCUCCAAGCCUAGAAGAGGCAGGGGGCUCAGUGGCAGGGCCAGGACCAGCCCUCAGGUCUGUGGCCUCCUGCCCCACGGCACGGUCUCCACAGGGCUGGCUGGCUGUCCCUGUGUGUGUGACACUGGGUGUGAGUGCAGGGCUGUGCCCGGGUGGGAGGGUGUCUGUGUGGCCCUGACUGUUUUAGUUCAGAGCUGGUGGAUCCUUUCCAUGGACAGUGACACUUUAAGGAUUGUCUGGGUUUGUUUUUCCUAUUUGUGGGUUUUUCCCCCUCAGGCUCCUGGGUCUGUUGCUGCCUCACGGUGUCCUGACCUUGAGGCUGAUGAGGGGACCCCUGCCCACUCCCUUCAUACUGAGUUCUAGGGAGGUGCUUGCCCUAGACUCUUAGGAAGGGUCUAGCAGAGAAAUGAGAGGAGCCCAAGCCAGGGGCUAGCUCCGAGAAAGGGCAAGCUUUUUUCCCUAAUUGGAAAUGCAGACAGGUUUCCAAAGGCACAGGCGCCCCUGCCAGCUCCUAGCAUCUUCCUUGGUGUGCCACAGGCCAGUUAGGGGUAGGCAGCUUGCACCCAGUUCCCUUUUAUCUCAACUUAUUUUCCUGGGGAGAGGUGCCUAGGAGGGGGGUCACUUCAACUGGGAAUUCUGAGGAAGGCGGGCGAAGUGGCCUAGCUAGGCUCGCUGUCUGUGUUGACGCAGAUUGAGAGUGUGAUUCGCUCCCAACCACUUUGUCUUGAUCUACUGAAAACUUGGGAACUGAGGGGUACCCUCAUUCCCCUUUGUUCACUUUGUCCAGCUCCACUGGGGACUUGGGUGGUGGGACUGGAGGCCCCACCCCUGCCCCCGCCCCGCCCCGCCCUCUUUCCGUCCCAGCCUGUUUCCAUGUAGCAGACCCUUCCUAGGGAGCAGGGAGGGGAAGCCACAGAUUGCAAACCCAGGGGCUCCUUUUUCAUUCUUUCUAAAACCUUGAUAUCCUCAGCCCAAAGGCGAUGCCCCCCUGCCACCUCCAAGCCUGGAAUUGUGCAUAACCCGGAUCUUGUAUCUUUGUAUAACGGAUGUUAUUUGUACGAAGGGCAGUUCGUAAACAGCACUUGUUCUUUUAAUAAAAGAAUGUUUUGCAAAAAAAAAAAAAAAAAAAA